AUGAAUGAUCCAUUACCAUUAGAACAUUGGUGUAAUUAUGAGAAAGAUUAUGAAGCAUUGAAAUCUACGUUGAAAGUUUUGAAUAAAGAAACCGAACAUAAUGUUAUGGUUCCAAUUAGUAAAUUUGCGUUUAUGCCAGGAAAACUUGUACAUACCAAUGAAAUAUUAGUAUUGCUUGGUGAUAAUUGGUUUGUUGAACGUUCUGCAUAUCAAGCAAUCGGAAUCGUCGAUAGAAGAAUUGAAAAAGUUUUGAAUUUUCCUAGUAAAAAGCAAAUAUUGAAUGAAGAAGGAUUACCUUUUGUUGACAUUGUUGAAGAAUAUCAUUCUGAUGAAGAAAAAGAAUCAACAAAAAAGCCAACGAAAAAAGUGAAAUUUGAAAAAGAUGUAAAGUCAGGUUAUUACGAUCUGAAAUUUUUAGAUAAAUUCAUUGAAGAGGAGGAGGAAGAGUUGAAACUAAUCAAAGAAAUUGUAGUUGAAAAGGAUUUCAAAUCUGAAGUUGGUUUAGAUGAAUUGGAAAACCAGUUUUGGAUGAAAGAGAUUGCUUCAGAGUAUCAUCAAAAACGUCUUGAUAUCAUAGCAAAAGAAGGUGGACUUUUGAAAGAAAAAAAUGAGCUAUCACCUUCUGUGAAUCAGGUGAGACAAGAACAGAACCAACAAGAAUUGCAACCACCAGUAACAGAAAAGGUAGAAAAGCCAAAAAAGAUUUCAAGGUUUAAAGCUGCAAGGAUCCAAGGGAAAUUAGAGUGA